AUGGCAGACCCCGGCUCCGCUGGAACAAAGCACAGGCGGCCGGCCCAGAGGGAGGAGCGUGCGCGCCCAGGUUGGUCCCGCAGGUCGGCGCGCCAGGUUGAAACCCGUCCCCCUAACUCCCCUCGGUGGCCCACCCCCGCCUCUGCGCCCACCGGCCGCUUCCGCGCCCCGGGGCGGGCACGCGGGGACCGCGGCCCAGCGCGCGCUUUGGACGAAGUGGACUUAGGGGCGCGCGCUCCACCCCGGGACAAAGGCGGCGCCCGCGUGGAGAAGCCAGGGGGUCUCCACCUUUUCCACCGCGCGACGAGGAUUAUGAACUUGGCUGAGCAGGCCCUGGGUCUGGGCCGAGUUGACCAGUGUCUCUUGGUCUCCACACGCCCCCAGCCCUACUGCGAGGCCUCGGGUGGGGUCCUCGGCAUGUUCCCCGUUACCCGAGGGCCCACAGAGGUGCAGAUGCUAGCAGGGGUCCCUGGGGACGUGAGGGGCCCCUUGGAGACAUGUCAGCACACUGACCUGGAGAGGAAGAAGGAGUGGCCACUACCCCUUCGCUGGCUGGGGGCUGGGACCGUCCACGGCGCCCAUCGCUCGCAGGUCCCAGCAGUGUCAGGCACUGGGGCCAUGCAGUUCGGCCUGGCCACCGGGCUCUGCCGCAGUGGGCAAGGAAGGGCUGCGUGGCUACGGACUGUCCGCCAAGUCGGACCAGGAGCGUGGGGCCGGCAGGUGGCCGCAUCCCAGGGCGAUCUCCAAGUGCAGCAUAAGCCUCCAGGGCAGAGUGACGGGGAGCCCCUGGACGCCCAUGUCCAGAGCACGCUCGCUGUCCUCCACCUGCUCUGUGAGGCCACAGUAGCCACGGUCCUCAGGCCCAGCAUACUGCAGGCCAGUCGGCCACCAGGUGUCCGAGAGAAGGUGGUGGUGCAGCUGGUGGCUCCCCGAGGAGUCCAGCUUGGGCCCGGUGACUUGCACAUGCAGGUGGUGGCCAAGGACCUACUGGCAGCCAAGCUGGUUGGGGCGGGAGAGCUCCUGGAGCCGGUGAGCGCCGUGCAGGGCAGCUUCCCCCUGCAGAGCUGCCUGCUGGCCACCAGCCCCAGUGUCCACUGCGCCCAAUGGGACAGGGUCUUGGACCCGGCCUUCAUCCCACAGGGCCGCCCUCGGCCUGAGCGUCCACAGCUCCACAGCGUCCCGGAGACCCCCACCCCGGCCAUGGCCGGUCCCCGUUCCCAGCAGGGCACCUCCACCCUGCAGCCCCCCAGCGGGUGUCCAGGCCGAGGCCCCCCGGCCCCAAGGGAGAGCUCUGACGAAGGUGUUGGGGGGCCACGAGGAGGACCGGGGCUCCUGGACGGGAGGGGCAGCCCCGAGGCCUUCUAUGCUGGUGGGCCCAGCCCAGGCUCUGGGGGGCGCUGGUUCCGGAAGUCCUACGUGGAAGCCCUUCGAAACCCUGUCCCUCUGGGCGCCAGCUCCGAGGAGUCCCUCCUGGACGAGGCUGUGGGCGAAGCAGCCAGACCCUUGACCCCAGGCACCAGACCCAAGGUGGCCACCAGCCCUGUGCAGAGGACGCCCCGGGAGAGCCACCUGCAGACGGACAGAGCAGUCACAGCAUCCAGGAGGUCCAGGUCUUGGGACAAGCCCCUGCGGAGCCCCCUUAGCAACAAACUCAAGACCCGACAGGAGACCAGUGACCCAGCAGGCCACCAGCCCGAGGGUCGCCCUGGGGGUCAGGCCGCUGGCACGGGAACCAUUGGCAGCUGUGUGGCCGUGGGGAACCCGGAGAGCCCCCAGGAGGUGGAAGGUGCUCCCCUCGCCUCCACCAGCUCCCCGGGACUGGUGCCUGGCACCUGCUCUGACAAGCUGCUGGGCCCCAAGGGUGCCGGGACCCCCGAACUUGGGGCGCCCGGUCAGGCGUGGGGUGACAUAUCGGCACUGCUGCAUGUGGGUGCUGUGAUGCUUCCAGGGACUCGGGACCGCUGCGGCCGGGCGGUGGUGCAGGUGUGCACAGGCGGCCCAUCCUGGACUGGGGAGCAGGCCUCUCGUGCCGAGCUGACCCGCCUCCUGCUGUAUCUGCACAGUGUUCCCAGGAAGGAGGUGCGGGACCUGGGACUGGUCGUUCUGGUGGACACGAGGAAGGGUCCGGUCACCCCUGCUCUCUCCCAGGCCCUCUUGUCCCUUCAGAAUACCACUCCUCCCAUAAUUCAUAGCAUUUUGCUGCUGGUGGACAAAGAAUCGGUGAUUAAGCCUGACAAGGAGGCCGCCCUGCAGUGCGAUGUGGUGAGCUCCCUGAAGGCCCUGCACAAGCUCAUUGACAGCUCGCAGCUGACCGCAGAGCUGGACGGCACCUUUCCCUACAGCCACCGCGACUGGGUGUGCUUCCGAAGGAAGCUAGAGCCCUUCAUGGCAAGCUGCAAGCAAGCCUUUGCUUUCCUACAAGAUGCGCUCUGCGCCCUCAGCACCCGCAGAGCCCCAGGUACAGCACAGGAAGCGACCGAGCUCAUCCACAGGCACAGGGCCGUGAUGCAGCAAGUCCUGGAAGAGCCCCUGCUGGUCACCCUAAGGCUGGAGGGCGGUGCCGUCCUGGCGAGGCUGAGGAGGGAUGCGCUGGGUGCCAGUGAGGACGGCCGGGAUGCCCUCCGGGCGGCCACCAGGCUGUACGACCGGGUGGACGAGGAGGUACACAGGCUGGUCCGAGCCUCCAACCAGUGCCUGCAGUGGCUGGAGGGCCUGCAGGGGCUGCGGCCCAGCGAGCAGGGGCCAGCCCAGGUCCCACACUGGCUGGAAAGAGAACCCGAGCUCACCAUCCACCCCAAGGAGCCACCCACCCCUGGGAGCCAGAGUGAGGGACAUGAAGGGAUCCCAGCCCUGCAGGAGGCAGCGGCCUUGGCAGCUGGGUGGAGGCCGCCCUGCAGGGAAGACCCGGAGUGUGUGGGGAGCUGCUGCCUACAGGCAGAUGCCGCCAGGGAGCCAAGGCCCAGCCAGGCCCUGUGGUCUCCGCCACCCAGCUGCCCGGAGCAGGCCCUUCCUGAACUCCGCCCCGGCUGCAGCUCACUGCUAUCCCCCCGGGAGGCCAGUCCUGCACAGGAGGACAUGCACUGGGGCCCAGGAGUACCUGCCCUGGGGGACCCCCCAGACAGCAGCUCCCCCUCCACCCCUGCGUCUUCCCGGGCCGCAGGGCCCCGUCUCAGGAAGCAGUCCCUGAAGAAGAUGAUGAAAACGCAGAGCUGGGAGGCCGUCCUGCCUGCUGGCCCCAGGGAGCCCCGCCAGCCGGCACACACCGGGGUGCACAUCAGGGGGCUGGAGGUGACCGGCUCCGUGGCCACUGAGACCCCCACAGCGCCCCGGAACCGCAGCCUGUCCUCUCCCUCCAGGAUCCCCGCCCCCAACGGGGACGGGAGGCCACGUGUGGGAAGCCGCCUGCACCACAUAGUGGCCGAGAUGGUGUCCACGGAGAGAGAGUAUGUCAAGUCCUUAGGCUAUGUCAUCGACAACUAUUUUCCAGAAAUGGAGAGGACAGACCUGCCCCAGGACCUGAGGGGGAAGCGCGGGACCAUCUUUGGGAACCUGGAGAAGCUGCACGGCUUCCACGGCCAGCACUUCCUCAGGGAGCUGGAGCGCUGCCGGCACUGCCCGCUGGCCGUGGGCCGUGGCUUCCUGAAACAUGAGGAGCAGUUCGGCAUGUAUGCGCUCUACAGCAAGAACAAGCCCCUCUCUGAUGCUCUGCUCAGCAGCCAUGGCAACGCCUUCUUCAAGGCCAAACAGCAGGCGCUGGGAGACAAGAUGGACCUGGCGUCCUACCUGCUGAAGCCGGUGCAGCGCAUGAGCAAGUACGCGCUGCUGCUCGGAGACCUGGUCAAGGAGGCCGGGCGCAGCCCCGCGCGGGAGCAGGAGCUCCGCCAGCUGCGGGCCGCGGAGAGCAUGGUCCGCUUCCAGCUGCGCCACGGCAACGACCUGCUGGCCAUGGACGCCGUGCGCGGCUGCGAUGUGAACCUGAAGGAGCAGGGGCCCCUGAGGUGCCAGGACGAGUUUGUGGUCUGCUGCGGGCGGAGGAAGUACCUGCGGCAGGUGUUCCUCUUUGAGGACCUCAUCUUGUUCAGCAAGACCAAGAAGGCGGACGGUGGCUACGACAUCUAUGUGUACAAGCAGUCCUUCAAGACAGCGGAGAUCGGGAUGACCGAGAAUGUGGGCGACAGCGGUCUGCGGUUCGAGAUCUGGUUCCGCCGGCGCCGGAGGUCGCAGGACACCUACAUUCUGCAGGCAAGCUCGGCGGAGGUGAAGGCCGCCUGGACCGGACUCAUAGGAAGGAUCCUGUGGCGACAGGCACUGCGAAACCGAGAACUCAGGAUGCAAGAAAUGGUGUCCAUGGGCAUAGGCAACAAGCCGUUCAUGGACAUCCAGCCCAGCGAUGCCGCCAUAAGUGACCGGGCCAUUGACUACCUCCUGAAGAGGACAGAGCCGCGGGCACGUGCCUCCAUCGCCGUGUCCUCCUUUGACCGUGCCGCCCCCUUCAAGAGGCCCCACUCCACCAUCUCGGAGAGCAGCACUUCCUCCUCCAGUAGCCGGUCCUCCUCGGUCCGGGGCCACCUGAACCUGCACGUGUACCCCAGCUCCCCGGGCCCGCUGAGCCCCUGGCCCCGCGACGGCAGAGCCUGCAUCGAGGAAGAUGAGCUGGAGCAGGAGACGGGCAGCCAGCCCUCCAUGACCACGGAGAGCUCUGCGUCCUCCCAGUGCACCUCGGGGGACAGUGCAGGCUGCCCGGGCAGCCCCCCACACCCAGGGCUGCGGCAGCUGGCCGACGAGGAUGGCGCAUCCAGCCCGGGCUGCAGGACUCCCAACCAGGGCGCCUCCCCGCCCCUUCCCAGCAGGAGCUCGCGGUGGCUUGGGGGGCAGCUCACCACAGCGGUGAGUGGCCUCGCUGGGCGCCAGGGGGAUGGGUCCCACCUGGGCCUGGAGGAGCCCCCUCACCCCUGA